CACUUGCAAACCACCCGAAUUCUCUUCUCCUGACAACAUGUGUUGCAACUACGGGAACUCCUGUGGCUAUGGCUGCGGAUGUGGCUAUGGCUAUGGAUGUGGCCCCUAUUCUGGCUGUGGUUAUAGAACUGGCUAUGGCUGUGGCUAUGGCUCAGGUUAUGGCUGUGGCUGUGGCUAUGGCUCAGGUUAUGGCUGUGGCUGUGGCUAUGGCUCAGGAUGGGGCUGUGGAAGAGGCUCCAGCUAUGGAUGUGGAUAUGGCUCUGGCUGCUGGGGCUACCGGCCCCUUUGCUACAGAAGAUGUUAUUCUUCUUGCUGUUAGACCAUCACUCUCCAAGCCCCAUUUACUUCUGAAAGGAUACAUUUAGUGGGAUAGCUGAUUCAAGCCUCCAAAUCCAAGAUUUCUAUGUCUAGGAAAUGGCAUACUUGACAGAGGCUUUGUCUUCCAGUGAACAUUUUUUUUAGGAUGGCGUCUUAUGGCUUGAGUUUAUGUGGUAUCAUCUGACCAUUUCCAGAAGUUGCUCUAUACUCCCUUAAUCUGGAUUCUGUGUUGUGACUGUGCCAGUAAUCUUCACGUCUCACAGUUGGGCAAAAAUUUAUUCUCAAUAAAAAUAGUUUUUUCCUUUUAAAA